UCUAUACAUUACAUGUAAGUUGUAAGUUCUCUAUCUGUGACUGCAAUAAAAAGUUCAGUUUAGUUUUUGUUCCAGCAAACACUCUGUCUUCUUCUAUAUUUUUCUCACACUCUUUGCCCCUCUCCCUAACAUUCUCAAUUUGUCUAAAUCAAAACCAAUCAUGAUAGAAGAGAGAGCUGUGUUAACGUUUCGGCAAAUUCCAGGCCUCGAAAUGUCUCACCGCGGUCUCAUUACCGGAACUGAUGACCAUGAGCCUCCAUGGAGAGGAACGGCGCGGCUCAGUUUUUGCAGCAGUGAUAGUAGCGUUAGCGUCGGUAAAUUUUCGUGCAUUUCAAUGGCACAGAAGAGAAAUACUAGCGAGUUUGCGCCGAGUCAGGCUCAGCUCAUGAAGCAUCCGUUGGCUGCACUCGCGUACGUACCAAGAGACGUCGCCAUCUUCCUUGCCAGAGCCAUUGCUGAAGCCGCCGUAAAGACCGUCAUGGCUCCUCUUGACCUCAUCAAGAUUCUUAGGCAGGGGUACAAUUUGAGACUCCAGAUCUGUGUGCACCUAGCUGAAGGGAAUUCUGAAUCAUUUUCUUAGAUUGCAAUAUACAUUGCUGUUUCAAUUGGAGCUUUGUUCAGUGAUGCGACUUGUUUGCAGACUCACGGAGUUAGGGUUGGGCAGCAAGAAAGUGCAAAGGCGGCGAUUGGCUUCGUUGAGGUAUGUCAUUUUUUCUGCCUGAGCUUUAUUUUCCCUCUUGCUUCACAUGGCCUGAUUCUAUUUCUAUCCAUGUAUAUUGAAUAAAAUUUGAAAAUCAAGGUUGCAGGAUGGAUGAUUCAGUUUGUUGAAUGCUUUGGCUUUUGACAUGAAACCUCUCAAGGUUUGAGCGCAUAAGAAUCAGAUAUCUAUUCGACAUAUCUGUCCUUCUCCCAGCCCCCAAGCAUAAGAUAAUGGAAGGAAUUACCUUGCGUAAGACCAAAAAGAAAAAGAUAAAGCAUCUCUUGUAAAUUUGCAAGUAAUUAGAAGGUGUGGCGAAGACAAACGCAAUUAUGGAAUUUGGAAUUGAGGGUGCAUCUCCUCCGCCUUCAGAAAAUUCAAAACCAGAUUCUUGCCUCCACUGCGUCGUUUGGACUUUUGAGAGGAUAGAUGAGCCAAAAUUUACCCAAGUUUAGUUAAAGUUCACGCUUCAUCUUUGUUUCAUUAAUUCCUGACUCCUCAAUGAAGUCAUGGUAUUAAGUAUGAAAUCAUGUAUGCAGGUAAUCAUUGAAUGUGAUGGAUUUAUUGGUUUGUACCCGGGUGUUUUGCCUUACGCAUUAAAAAGUAAAAACCCUACCAAACAGCAGGUUUGCUUCCACUAAUGCCUUGUCCAGGUUUUUGAAUUUUGCCAUAUCUAACAUGAUGGCCGGUUGUUAUCUGCAGUAGUUAUGGAAUCUGGUCUUGUCUUUUGGUGCAUCUGUCCACUUGGGGAUUGAAGUAGACUAGGGUUUUGAUGCACUGUAAAGAAUAAUAAGUCCUGUUUAUAUAUUGCUGCACAUGCAAACCUUUCAUUGUUUUUUUGUACUGAGUCUGAUAUUGUUCUUCACAUUAGUUCAAAUUAUGUGCUAAUCCUGAGUUAUUUCAAUUUAAAAUAAUUCUGUCUAUGCAGAAUUUCUGAGGACCUUCAGCCCCUACCAGUUUUAAGCGUAGGACGAUGGAUGUCAUUUGAUCGUGGGAGAUGUUGACUUUCUUGAUAUUGUUUUUACUUUUGUUGCCUGAUAAAUCCCCUUUUCCCUUUUUGUUUCCUGCAGCAUUAAGGAUACUACCAUGGACAUUGUUAUGCGUCUAAUUGCUGCGAGUGAAAAGGAGUUUCAGAAAAUUGUUGACAUUGUUAUGAGCUUUCGACUUCGCAAUCCAAUCCCAGGGAUAUGAGUCUCACUACCAAGGUGGGUCGAAACCAGAGCUCCUGCUUGCUAUGAGUUGUUUGUGCAAGGGAAAUCCUGAAGCUCUCUUGGUCUACAAUGGGUUCAAAGUUGCAGAAUACAUUUCGUUUGCUCUACUUGCCAAAAAGCUUGCUUUGAACAUUGUCAUCGUUCUAGAGCAAGAGGAAUAGCUCAAUUUGGUCAUUGAAAUAAGCAAGAAAACUCUCUGUUUUUUAGGUUGUAUCUGUUGUGCAUGGGAUGCACAUGGCUAAACUUGAAAAAA